GGCCUUAGAGUUUUGUUAGCCCAAGGAGAUUUCGAGACGAUAUGCGUAUUAUACUGGAACCGGCCGGCUGCAGGUCAAUCCUGCAGUGCAACCAAUCGACCAAUCCUGUACUGUAACCCGAUGGAAUACUACCUACCACUUCCUACCAUCCAAAUCCAACUUGGUCUCAUAAACUUAAUAAGCUAAGCCAAGCAUAAGUCAUAGGUACGGUUCAAGUAUUAGAAGUAUUUGAGAAGGAGGAGAUAAUGUCCGAUCAUAAGACAUUAACCAUAAGACCUUUCCUCGUUUUUCACCCAUCUCGAAAAGAAAAUCGGCCAACCCGCUAGGAAAAAACGCAUCAUGUCGUCGGCUCUGGAUUUUUUAUCCCUUCUUCCACCGGAACAGCAACAGCCCAUUCUCAAUGGCCCAGCGCUGGCUCCACCUAGCAAAGAUGUGGUGCCAAACUUUGAGAAUCCGCCGAACAUGAACAGACUUGUUGUAGCGGUCGUCACGGUUGGCUUGGCCAUAGUCACAAUUGCGGUUUUCCUUCGUGCUUAUGUGAAGAUCUGGAUUGUGAAAAACCCACAGAUUCAAGAUGCUAUUGGUCUUCUCUCAUAUGGCGCAUUUAUUGGCUAUUCAUACUGCAUCUAUCGCUUUGCAGCAACGUCCGGAAUGUUUGUCCAUCAAUGGAAUUUCCUAGUGCGCGACCUGUCGGGAAUGAUUUAUAUCGUUCAACUUGCUGUCAAUUUCUACGCGAUCGUUUUAAUUCUAUUAAAAACGGCUAUCUUAAUAGACUGGGUCCAAAUGUUUAUUCCGCGUGGUACUCGUGGGGUGUUCUUCUGGACCUGCUAUGGAAUUCUCUUGUUCAACUUCCUCUUUUAUUUCUCUUCUGAGAUAGCUGGGAACCUUAGCUGCAUACCGUUUGCGAGAAUCUGGGACAAGACCAUUCCGGGUAAAUGUUUCGAUCGCAACCCAUUAGAUUUGACGACAGCUAGCGUCAACGUGGUCUGUGACCUCUUCAUCCUUAUCGCUCCACAAAAGAUCAUCUGGGGUCUACACUUGACAAGAGAGAAAAAGAUCGGCGUUUCCAUCGUCUAUGCCAUAGGUCUUCUGUCCAUUAUUUUCGCAAUCGUUCGACUAGGGUUAAGCAUACACCAUCUUAGCUCUCAGGAUUGGACAUUCAAUAUCUCGCAGGUGGCCCUAUUAUCCUUUGCUGAACUGGCCUUUGGAAUACUGGUGUUUUGCAUUCCCGCGAUUCCCAAAGCGUUCAAGGAAUCAAAACUACUGGGCCGGAUGGUGUCCUCUACGACUCGUAUCAAGACUAUGGAUGCGGCCACUUGGAGCACCUCGCAGCUACGAAAGAACCCCGACGGGAUUGGAGAAUACAAUCGCAUGGAGCAUCCCGACAACGAAAUCUCGCUAGCGGAUUUUCAUUCGGGGGACAGCCACGGGCGUAGCAGUGCUGGCAUCAUCAAAGGUAACAGGGAUGGUGAUGAGCGUGGAUGGGGGGGUAUCGCUCGGACCACUCAAGUUACUAUCUCGGUAGAGCAACAGAAUAAGCAUCCAGAGGGAAAUGGGUUCGAUGGCAACAGUCACCCCUGGGCUUCGGAUCGCGUGUAAAAGUAGAAUUAUCUAGAGAUACCUAUCACCAUGUAUAAUAUUUACUAUGUAUCACGAAAGAUGUAUUUUUACAGUUAAAUGAGCCUAAUGGAUGUAUGGACCUAACAAAUGGCCAUUUUUACUUGAAUCC